UCAGCAGCUAAGGGAUUGAAUUGGGGGAUUUAACUCUUAAUGUCCUGGUUUCACUGGGAUUUUCCAGCUGGUCCUUUAGCCCAGUGCUCAAAGGACCAAAUCCCACACCUGUCACUCCAUCAUGGGUGACAGAGCAUUCCUCAUAACAGGAUGGGAGUGCCAUGAGCUCAGGCAGCUAUAGCAUCCCUUUGCAGCAUGGCUGAAUGCGAGACCAACUGCCUGGCAGGACAAGCAUGAUCCUGACUCAUCAUCCUGCAGAGAACAUCUGGCCAUGGGGCAGAGGGCAGGAGAGAGGUUAGGCUUCAUCAGCACCAACAGCUCAGUGACACUUGUACCUUCCCACCAGGUGGAGACCAUUGGUGAUGCCUACAUGGUGGUGAGUGGCCUGCCGGAGAGGAAUGACAAAAGACAUGCUGAUGAGAUUGCCAAGAUGGCUCUGGAUCUGGUGGCUGCUGUCCGGCAGGUCCUGAUACCCCACAUGCCAACAGGCCGGCUGCAGAUGCGGGUUGGGAUCCACACAGGGCCCUGUGUGGCUGGUGUGGUUGGGCACAAAAUGCCCCGUUACUGCCUCUUUGGGGACACAGUGAACACAGCCUCCCGUAUGGAGUCCACCAGCCUGCCUCAGAAGAUCCACAUCAGCUCUGCUACGUACCAUGCCCUCCUUGCUCAUGAUGCCUACGAAAUCAAGCUGAGAGGCGAAAUCGAGGUCAAGGGCAAGGGAAAAAUGAAAACCUACUGGCUCCUUGGGAAUAAGAACUACAGUGUCCAAAACGACAGCCUGGUCUGUCACUGGAAUCCAGCAGCUUCCAGGAAAAAGAAGCCGGAAAGCAGCCCGACAUCUGUCCAGCAGUCCAGUACCAGCCCUGUGGGAGCAGCAGUGACUGAACGGAGGUCUGCAUCACCUCAGGGUGAGCUGGGUUCCCACAGCCCCACCACAGGACACUCUGAACCAGCUGGGACUUCUACCAGUGACGCAGGCCAGGUGGGGAGGACCAGGUCUGGGCACAGUGGCCGGGACAGCAUCAAGACUAAUCUGGCUCCAUCGAGCUCUCCUCCUCCUGGGCACAAGGACCAGGGGAACAGUCCAGACCACAGGGUGCAUCUUGGUGUGCAGGGAGACGAAUUGCUGGGGAAAAAUGGGUGUCUCCCAGGGUACAUAGGUGGGACAUGACAGGGCGGCAUGUACUAUUUGGCAAGGAACUGGAUGCCCCCAGUGCACCCUAACUUGCUGUUGAAGAACCUCAUCUUUGUACCACUAGCAGUAAUUCUGAACAAUGGGGGAAGCCAUUCAGCUUUAGACUAUCAAACUUCAAUAGAGAUAGAGUAUGUGGGUUGUGCCCACACAUGGAGCAGGUGAAGCCACUGUUGGGAUCCUGUUACUAGCAGGGAAGAGAGGUGUCAGGGGACACAUUUUGCCAUGUUACAGUAGAUUUACACCAGUAUAAUUUCCUUCCCAUCUGCAGAGCUAGGCUGGAUUCACCCCAGAGCAGCAGAAUGGAACGUAGCCUGGGACACUUGGAUAACAAGGGUGCCCAGAUAAGAGAGGGGGCAGGUAAAGAGGGGAGGCCCACUGUUCCCAGAUCUCUGAGUCUCUCUAGUCCAUGUGCAUGUGCUACAACAGGAAGCCCGGGUGGUGGGACCCACCCACAGCAUUUGGAGCCUGCAGGUCGAAACUGCAGCAAAGCCCAUGGAGAUUCCACCUCAGCCUGACUGCCAGAAUGGUGGGCCAGUAAAGUGAGCUGCCCAGAGACUCCCCUACCCUGGAGGGCUUCAAGAGGAGGCUGGCAGGGCAUCUGUCUGGGAUAGCACAGGAAUAACACAUGCAGCUUUUGCACAGAGGCUGGGCUAGGUGACCCAUGAGGCCCUGUCCACCCCUCUCCAGUAGAAGUGGCCACCCCACUCUACCUCCACCUGCCAGGUCACUGGUGGGCAUCUGAGCUGUAACGUGUGGCUGCAGCUCAGCUCGGGGCCCGGGGCUGGAGGUUGGCAUUGACUGUUUAGCUUGCUUCUUUUCCGCUGGGUGGUGGCAGCUGAUGAACACUGCAUGCACCUCUCACUAGGGCUCAUUUGGAGACCCCCAUGGCAGCAAUGACCUGGGCCCCCAUCAGGUGUCAUCAGUUCAGGAUUCAUGGAAGGGAGGCAGGAUGUGAAGUCAGGGUUCCUGUGUGUGCACUAGGCUCACGUCAAGCUGCAGGAGUUCUUUAUCUUUUUGCUGCAAUAAAUG